AUGGGAAGAGUCAUAAGAGGUCAAAGGAAAGGUAGAGGAUCGAUUUUUAAAUCCCACAACCAUCAUCGAAAAGGAGCAGCGAAACUGCGCCAUUUGGAUUUUUGUGAAAAGAAAGGAUAUAUUAAGGGAUUGAUAAAGGAUAUUAUACAUGACCCAGGAAGAGGUGCUCCGUUAGCUAAGGUUAUUUUUAAGAAAACUGAGAAAUAUGGGAAAAAGGAAGAAUUAAUGGUAGCUACUGAAGGUAUGUUUACAGGUCAAUACAUUUCUUGUGGUGUUAAGGCACCAUUAUCUGUUGGAAAUAUAUUACCUAUUGGGAAAAUGCCAGAAGGUACUUUAAUAUGCAAUUUAGAACAUCGAACAGGAAACAGAGGAACUUUAGUAAAGGCAUCAGGAUGUUAUGCAACUGUUGUAGGUCAAUCAGAAGAUGGAAAAAAAACAAAAGUUCGUUUACCAUCGGGUGCUAAAAAAACUAUUGAUUCGAGAGCAAGGGCUAUGGUUGGUGUUGUAGGUGCCGGAGGAAGAAUUGAUAAACCAAUUUUAAAGGCAGGUGUAGCUCAUCACAAAUACAGAGUUAAACGUAAUUGCUGGCCUAAAGUUAGAGGUGUAGCUAUGAACCCAGUUGAUCAUCCUCAUGGUGGUGGUAAUCAUCAACAUAUUGGUCAUCCUUCCACAGUUUCUCGAGGUGCUCCAGCUGGACAGAAAGUUGGUCUAAUUGCAGCUAGAAGAACUGGUUUGUUGAGAGGUGCCAAGAAAACCAAGUUAGUUGGUAAGACAGAGGAUUAA